UGCAAAAUGAUGGCAUCCUGUUCGACCUUCAAUAAGCACAUCUUUCUGAAUGGUGGACCACCGAGCGAGACGACGAGCGAGAUUUCGUCGGUGGAGAGUGAUUGGGGCGAUCUGCGACUGAUAGCGGCGCAGCUGGGCGUUGCCAAUCCGGACGAUCUGCACGUUGAACGUUUCAAGGUGGACCGGCAGAAGCUGGAGGAUAUGAUAAAGGUGGAAACAUAUUCAGAGGGAAUGAAUAGUGCAGAGGAGUUCUUCACGAAUAUCAUGAAGGAGACCACCACCUACGUCAGCUGGCCAUGCCGGUUGAAGAUUGGCGCGAAGACGAAAAAGGAUCCUCACAUUCGGAUCGUUGGCAAAAUGCCGGACGUUCUCCGAGCAAAGGAUAAAGUGAUGUCCCGGCUUGACUCCAGGGGUAGCCGCGUAAUUAUGAAGAUGGACGUAUCGUACACGGACCAUUCCUUCAUCAUUGGGCGCGGUGGCAAUAACAUCAAACGCAUCAUGGAAGAAACGACGACCCACAUCCACUUCCCGGACUCGAACCGUUCGAAUCCGACCGAGAAGAGCAAUCAGGUGUCGAUGUGUGGCAGCAUCGAAGGUGUCGAACGGGCGAGAUCGUUAGUUCGCAACUCGACACCGCUGUUGAUUUCCUUCGAGCUGCCUAUUCUGGCGCCGGGAAAAACUCCGCCGGAUAAUGAUACGCCAUACGUGAAGGAGGUUGAGGCAGAGUUUAGUGUGCAGGUGAUUUUUUCGACCAGGCCGAAGUUGCACUCGUCGCUGGUGCUGGUAAAGGGUUCAGAGAAGGAGGAACGCAUGGUGAAAGAAGCUACACGGCGGCUGAUGGACUUGAUGUGUGAGAAUAUGGCGAGCCAAAUACCCGUGCAGAUGCAGUUAGAAAUCUCGACCCAACAUCAUCCGAUCGUACUUGGACGGGCAUCGUGCAAUUUGCGAGAAAUUAUGAACCGCACUGGUACACAGAUAAUGUUCCCGGAUGCAAACGAUGUGAACAUCAAGCCAAUCAAGCGCUCCCAGGUGACCAUAACCGGUUCCAUCAACGGUGUCUAUCUCGCAAGGCAGCAAUUAAUAGGAAGUCUACCGAUCGCACUCAUCUUCGACUAUCCGGAAAACACGGUCGAUUCGGACGAUAUUACCAAGCUCAUGCUAACGCACGACGUGUUCAUCUCCGUGCGCCAAAAAUCGCGCCAAAGUACGCUUUGUAUCGUGAUCAAGGGUAUUGAGAAGUUCAUCGCCAACAUUUACGAAGCACGUCAUCAGCUGCUGAAGUGUUCGGGACCACGUGUUGUUGCUGAAGUACCGCGCACGUACUUCGGACCGAACGAACAUCCGCAGCAAACGAACCAGAACAUAUCGGCACUGCUGGCAGGUCCGAUUGCUCCACCGUUUUCGCCACUGUCUCCGAUUAAUGCGCUCUCUUUCGUUGGAUGGCCUUCACCGACGUCAGCUGCCUCGCCUGCUGCUUUACCCACGGCGGACUACGCAUUCGGCCAUAUGAGAGGACAGUUCCAGAAUUUCCAUUUACACGGGUCGCCAAAGCUACCGACGCCUCAUCAUCAACAACUACUUCCAUUGUCACUUCCGCCCGGCCUGGAUCGUACAAUCGCCGGAAGCUCUUCUGCUAGUAAGCUCACCCACCUCGCUAGCCCACACCUGUUAUCGGUUCCUCCGGGAGCAGGUGGUGGCGGUGGUGGUGGAUCUUUCUUGCAGAACCAACUGUCACAUCAUCAUCACCAUCAUCAGCAUUCGGGACAUUCGCACCAUCAACGCAACCAGCAGUCGGUACAUUCGAACGGGAACUGUUCUACGUCUACCAGUCUAACGAUUAGUCAGAACAAUAGCCACAACGACAUCCAUUCGAGUGGAUAUCAGAGUUUGAACUGUUCCAGUAACUCACUGGAUCAGCAAUACCAGAACAAUUCGUCCACGGGUGGAUCGGUAGUGUCACAAGUGUCCUCAAAUUCGCUUCUUAACAGCUCGCCAGAUCAUCAGAGCCCGGGCGUUUCGGGAACGAGUGGUAUGAACCGUUGCCGUCUUUCCAUUUGCACGCCCGAAAGUCCUCACUAUCAGUCAGAUUUGGAGCAACGAACGCCGCUAGCGUUUGAACAGAAGGGCUCCCUAAACGACAAAUUCCUGUUCAAUCUUGACCCGCGAGUUGUGGCCGGUUACAAGGCAAUGCACAUAUCACCGCAGCAGGGCGAAGUUCGCACACCGACACUGUCCUGGCAGGGCCUAGGACUAAGUCAGUCGUCUCCAGCCCCAGUCGAGGCAUGCGAUCUUAGCUGGGCUAACACGAGCAGCUCCAGCGGUAGUGGCGGCAACGGGGCAGCCAACAUCAGUACGAGCAGCUCGAGCAGUGGUGCUACCGAUUCGCGCCACAAUCUGACGACCACCAUGAUCGAGGUGACGCCACGACAUCAGCGCGAACAGAUGGCCCAAUACAACGAUGUCACGACCAUACUGACCGGUCUCGGAUUGGAGCAUUACAUAAAGAACUUUAUCAACGGUGAAAUCGAUAUGACCGUCUUCCAGACGCUUACCGAUCAGGAUCUGCUUAAUUUGGACAUUAAACCGCUCGGUGCAAGGCGCCGCAUACUGAUGGCGAUACAUGAUUUGAGUGCACGGCCGGGCAGUGGACUGUUUGGAUCAUCGGCAUUGUCACCGUCGGGACUACCGUCGGCACUGUCCCGGUUCUCCGGAUCGGCAGCGCCCGGUGCAGAGCGACGUAGUUCCAGUGGACAGUAGA